AUGGAUCACACUUUCAAAAACAUCACUUUCUCUGAGGAUACCUCAGCCUAUGAGAACUUCACAGACGAUUGGACAUCAGAUGGAGGGGAAACAGUGCAUUUUAUCCUUCGAUGCGUUAUCCCGUCAGUUUACAUACUUAUAAUAACGGUUGGUUUGCUGGGCAACAUCACACUUGUGAAAAUAUUCAUCACAACCAGCGCGAUGCGAAGUGUGCCCAACAUUUUCAUUUCCAGCUUGGCCGUGGGAGAUAUUUUGCUUUUGGUCACUUGUGUGCCAGUGGACGCGUUCCGGUAUUUCUAUGAAGAGUGGAUUUUUGGAACAGUCGCUUGUAAGAUGAUCCCGGUGAUUCAGCUCACCUCGGUUGGAGUCUCCGUUUUCACUCUAACGGCACUAAGCGCAGACAGACACAAAGCUAUUGUGAACCCUAUGGAUAUCCAGACCUCCAGUGCAGUAUUCUGGACCUGCUUGAAGGCCAUCACUAUAUGGGUUGUCUCGGUGCUGCUGGCUAUCCCUGAGGCUGUCUUCUCACAGGUGGUUCAUAUGCCAGACAAGAACAUGACGUUCACUGCCUGUGUGCCAUAUCCACUCUCCAAUGAGAUGCAUCCUAAGAUACACUCAAUUAUGAUAUUCCUCGUCUACUUCCUUAUCCCUCUGAGCAUUAUCUCUGUCUACUACUACCACAUCGCAAGGACACUUAUCAAGAGUGCUCACGAUAUGCCGGGUGAGAUUAGUGAGCACUCCAAAAGACAGACGGAAACAAGGAAGCGUCUAGCCAAGAUCGUUCUGGUGUUCGUGGGCCUUUUUGCGCUGUGCUGGUUCCCCAACCAUGUUCUCUACAUGUACCGCUCCUUUAACUAUCGACAAAUCGACUCUUCACUGUCACACCUCAUUAUCACACUUGUGGCACGCGUUUUAAGCUUCUCUAGCUCCUGUGUUAACCCUUUCGCACUGUACCUGUUGAGCGAGAGCUUCCGAAGGCACUUCAACAACCAGUUGAUGUGCAUGCGGCGCAAAUAUGAAGAGCGCAACACCAGCUACCUCCAAAGCACCUCUGCUAUUCGCAUGACAUCCAUCAGGAAGAGUACACCCGCUGUGGCCAAUGGACAUGGCCAAAACACAGGAGUCUGUAUUUAG